GCGAGGCGUGGCGCAGGCUGACAAUGGCAGCGGACGGAAGCGCCUUCCGCGUUCGGGGAGGCGGGGCUCGGGUCUCAGGCUGAGCUAGGUUUGCGCUCGGCCCGGGUAGGCUCUCCAUUCCGCUCCGGCUCCGGCUCCAGCUCCAGGCCGCUCGCCGGGCAUGAGGCCGCCGCGGCCCCCGCUUGCCUUCCGGCCAAGGACCCUGCCCCGGCCAGGCCUCUAAGCGCCCCCUUCCUGGGCCCUCCUCCCCUGCUGCAGAUUCCCCCCCCUUUGCACCCCCUGCUGCCCCAGCCCGGCUCCCCGUUUGUGGCCCCUGCCCCAGCUCGGCUUCCCCCCUCGGUUCCUGUCUGAGGUCCAGACCCCCCCCCGCCCUCUCUUUGCCCCCUCCGCCGGCCUGUCGGGUGCUUGGGGGCUGAGCGGCCCCACUACGCGCCCGCUGCCCUCGCACCAUGUCUGGGCCGCGGGGCUCGGAGAGGAAGGAGAGCUCGGAGCUGGAAGAAGGGCAAUGUGACUCGGGCAUCUUCUCGAUCCACUCUAUCCGCUCCCUGCCCGGCCCGCCGGGGGAUGGGGAGCACCCCCGGGGCCUCGGGGACACGCUGCGGGAGAAGGACGCCGGCCCCCUGGGCAAAGAGGGAACAGACGCCCUGGAAGUGGAGGAGAGGAUCGACUCUACCUAUAGCUCGUCCUCCCUAACCGAGCACCUGGCCGACCUGGGGCAGCUCCCCGAGGAGGAAGCAGAAACCCUGGAGGGGCUCAGCCAACAGCCGCUGGAGGCACUCACCUACAUCUCGGAGGAUGGCGACACGCUGCUGCACCUGGCAAUCAUCCAUAGCUUCCCAGCACUGGCAUUCUUCUGCAUCACCCACCUGCCCACGGAGGUGCUGGAGAUCCAGAACGACUUGUUCCAGACCCCACUUCAUCUGGCCGUGUACCUUGAGCAGCCUGGUGUGGUGAGGGCGCUGAUGCACAAUGGGGUCAGCCUGGACCUGCAGGACCGCAAUGGCAACACCCCUCUGCACGUGGCCUGCGAGCAGCAGAACUUGGAGUGCGCCAAACAGCUGCUGCAGGAGCUGGGGGCGAGCACAGAGCCUCGAAGGAGCCUGCAGGACCUGCAGCUCCAGAACUGGCAAGGCUUAGCCUGUCUGCACAUCAGCACUUUGAAGGGGAACCUGCAGCUGAUGGGACUGCUGCUGCGGAGUGGAGCUGACAUUAACGUCCAGGACGGCACAAGUGGAAAGACGCCCCUGCACCUGGCAGUGGAGAGCCGUGACCGUGAGGCAGUUCAGUACCUGCUCAGCAAGGGGGCCCACGUGGAUGCCCUGAUGUACAACGGCUGCACCCCGCUACACCUGGCCGUGGGCAGGAAGGAUGCUGCCAUGGCGGCCAUACUGUACCACUCAGGGGCUGACACCCUGCUGAGGAACAUGGAAGAUGAGACUGCCCAGGACCUGGCCGACGGCAAUGAUGACCUCCUCGCCCUCCUGCCUUUCGAUGACCUGAAGAUCUCGGGGAAGCUGGUGGUGUUCUCCGACUGAGCGACCAGACUCUGACUGAGGGGUCCGCCCCUGGCUCCCUACGCCCGAUGGACCCCACUCACCCAGCCAUGGCACUACAGCUGGCAGGAGUGGAGCCGGCUCAGGAAAUCUUUCCCCUUGUAGUGGGCUCCGUGGCCCCCAGCUCUCCACCCAAACACCCUUCCCUGAGCAGGUGGAAGUUGGAGGAAGUUGCAUGCGCUGCAUGGGACCCUCGGAUGAUGCGUCGGGGCUGCUGCUGCUCUUUCCCCUGCCUGCAAUGGGAGUGGCCAGCAGGGAGCUCUGGUCUCAGACUGCAUGGAGGAGCAGCUGGGAGGGGGUGUUUCCUGGUCCCAGACUGUGCAGUAGGGAGUGCUUCUCCCCCACACCUCCAGACACUGCUGGAGCAGUUGCAGGGGCUCCCACUGCCCUUCCCCAGGAGACGCAGACUCCCAUAAACCCUUCUUCUGUACACUCAAGAUCAGGACCUCGUGAUUCCCUCAGUGACCACUGGGGGCUGCGCGCUCUGACUUCUUGCCGCUUGAAGGCUUCAGCACCCCCAUGAGCAGAAUUGCCCUGUACCCCAGCCAGCCCCUCCCCAACCAGGAGGGAGCAGGGCCAGACUGGACAUGAAGAUGAACAGGAGGGAGCCCUCCUCCUGUGGGUGGAGCUGGAUGGGAGGUACAGGUUUCCUUCUGGAGAGGGGCGCAGAACCCAGUGCAGGGGCCCCUCUGCCUCUUCCCAAGGAAAUCCCAUACCCUGCUCCCUGAGAUUCCCUGUCUGUCUCCCUAUGUGAGCCCAGCUUAGCUAAUGCUGCUCCCUGCUUGGGCAGUUCCGUCCAGACAACUUGCACUCCCAGCUGUAGUCGUAGCUAGACUCAGAGGAGGGAGGGGCUGGGAGACCUGGUGUUUUAUCCCCAGCUCUGCUACUGAGUGGCUGCAUCACCCUGGACAAAGUGCCUUUCCCUUCCUUGUGCCUCAGUUUCCCCCUCUGAAAGGGUUUAACAACACUGACCCACCCUGCAGAGCAGAGUGCACACGCUUGUGUGUGAGGAGCUUAAUCCACUGACAUCAGUAAAGGACCUGGAGAUUCUCCAAUGGAAGAGGCUGGAGAGGGGCCCAGGGUUCUUCCCCUGAUGAUUAGCCACUUCCCCUCUUCGGGCUGCCAUGUGUGUCCCCACCCCACCCCCAGCAUGGCUGCCUCCCUAUGGCAGGUGUGUAGAUCAGGGGUUGCCAACCUCUGGCUCUGGAGCCACAUGCGGCUCUUCAGAAGUUAAUACGCGGCUCCUGGUAUAGGCACCGACUCCGGGGCUGGAACUACAGGCGCCAACUUUCCAAUGUGCCGGGGGGUGCUCGCUGCUCAACCCCUGGCUCUGCCACAGACCCUGUAUCCACUCCACCCCUUCGUGCCCCCUCCCCUGAGCCUACAGUGUCCUCACUCCUCCCCCUCCCCCCCCCAGAGCCUCCUGCAGGCCACAAAACAGCUGAUCGGGAGGGGGAGGCACUGAUCGGUGGGGCUGCCAGUAGGUGGGAGGUGCUGGGGGCAGGGGGAGCUGCUGAGGGGCUGCUGAUGUAUUACUUUGGCUCUUUGGCAAUGUACAUUAGUAAAUUCUGGCUCCUUCUCAGGUUCAGGUUGGCCACCCCUGGUGUAGCUAGUGUAGCAUUUGGGAGCCAGGGGGGGAGCCAUGGUGCCUGUGACCCCAUGUAAGCUGGUGACAUUCUCACAGCUUUGGAAUAGCUGUUUAUUGUGGGGGGCAAGUCCUGGAUGGCGCAAUCACCCGGGAUGCUCUGGAGAGCCUGUUCCCUUUUCCUGAAUUCUUGGAAGGGCAGCUGCAAUAGUUUUGCCAGGAAAAGCUGCAAAACUUCUUAGCAAACACUUCGUGAGCCUAGCCGCAGCCUCUGCGGCUCCUCUGGGCAGCUCAAAUCAUUGGCUGUCUUUAUCUCUCUCGCUCCUCUUCCCCCCCCCCCCCAGGUAUUUUAGCACUUACACCCUGCUGUGGUCACAAAUGAGUUGAGUUUAAAGGCCUCAGCCAAAAUCUAGUGGCAAUGGCUCUGGAGCUGCUCAAACUAGCUCCAUCUUCAUUUUGAUGUGAUUGGUGGGGUCUGCCCAGGAAAGGCCCAGGACUAGAACAGUGUAGGGGGUGGGAUGUAAGAGCCUUUUAAAAUACUCUGGUUUCCCUUUUUAAAACAAGGUCUCAGGAAAAAAGUAAUAAUCUGUUCUGUGCUGCCCCCUUGUGGCUGUUGAUGGUAUUGCAGCACCUCCCCACGUUGGUGUUUCGCCAGUGCUCCUUGCGUGGCUAGGUCUCUCAGUCCUGAGCCCCUGGCAAGGUGUGGUUUGCUGGAUGCUCUGGUGACGGGGGAGCUCUGGUGUCAUGCUAGGGAAGCACUUAUGGCCUGAGCUGUUGCCGGUGGUUAGGGAGGGGGCAUUCAAAUGUUAUUUAAAGAAUAAAGGGAUCAAUCCUGUAGAAAAUUA